GAUUUAUCAACUUCCCCUUUUUCUACUUGGUCUCGCCCUCCCCGCCCAUCGAUCCUUCUAGAAGUCGCCGGCACACUAGUGCUACCAGGUCUACCAACACUCCGCUUCUUCACGGAUAAAAGUCUGAAUUUCAUCGGUGGACGCUUCUGAAGUGUCGCCGUCUUUCGGGCAAUAUGUCCGCUAUGGGGCAACUCGCCUUCGAUGAGUAUGGACGGCCGUUCAUCAUCAUCAAAGAUCAGGAUAAGAAGACUCGGUUAUCGGGCCUUGACGCACUGAAGGUAUAAUGGAUUUAGCAAGUCAGCUACCAUGCUACUUCACCAUGCGUCAGCAUCUUAUCAAGGCAAAUGCAGAACACUUGCAACAUCAGACCCACUUGUUUAACUAGAAAGUUGGCUAGCUAGGUAUUAUAACAUUAUGGGCCAAUGCAUAUGCCUAGUUCAUGUUGUAGAAGUGUACUAGCUAGCUCUGAAGUUAUUAUGGCUAGCUAGCAACGCCAUGCUAGUAUGCCCAUGUGCUUAUUUUCUGAAGACGCCACAGUGAGGCGCGGCUGGUUGUCAAAUAAACAAUGAAAUUAGCUAGCUAACAUGCCACCAUCAGUUCUGUAUUUUAUCACUUAUAGUUAUUUUUUUUAACAUGCCGCAUGUAGUCAUGGCGUAGCUAGUCAACGUAGGUAAAGUCGUUUAGCCACACGGUUAGUUAGAUAGUCUAACUCAGCUGACAAGAUGUGUCAGUUGCUUCUUGACAGUUAAUGAAGAAGCUUGACCGUCAUUUGUCAGCUUGCCAUCAAGCCAGUGGUUCCCAGAGAUGUCUUGAUUUUAUUUGGUUCUAGUUUGAUUCCUGCAGAAUCCCAGCCUCUGAAGAAAUUCACUAAUGUGAUUUUGUGUUUUGCAGUCUCACAUCAUGGCAGCAAAGGCAGUUGCCUCGACGCUGAGGACCUCUCUAGGACCAAACGGUAAGCCCAAAUAAACACAGCCACGCUAAAGCUUAUUCAUUAACAGAGCUAUAAAGGAACUUCUAGUAUUGGUGUGUGCCCCAUCCCUCUGGUUACUCAACACAGUAACGGCUACCUAAAGCUACACAUUCAUCAUGCAAGUACAUUUAAUCCCCCUUCCCCUUUUCCUCUUUCUACAGGUUUGGACAAGAUGAUGGUUGACCGGGAUGGAGAGGUGACCGUCACCAACGACGGAGCCACCAUCCUCAGCAUGAUGGAUGUGGACCACCAGAUCGCCAAGCUCAUGGUGGAGCUCUCCAAGUCUCAGGACGACGAGAUCGGAGACGGGACCACCGGAGUCGUUGGUACGGGACCCUACAGAUUUAUGAGUCUCCCUGAUUGGUCUGACUCAUUAGCUUACUAAUUAAACAAUUGUGGUCUCUUGCAUUGCUAUCCUAUUAUAGUUCCUUUUUUUUGGUGCUAAUCUGGAUAUUGGAUUAAUAUUGCAGAAUGCUUCCCCUCCCUUACUCCAGUCACGCUGUCUCCAGUGGGUGGGCUGGCAUUGACAGGGGAUACAGCAGCAUGGCGCUCUCAUUUCUCUCAUCUAGGACCUUAAUCUUACAUGGGGCUUAUGAGACAGCUGAUAAUUUCUCUAAUCCAUGCUCAUAUUAUCUGCAAUUCUUUCUAUGAUAAGAUUGUGUUUAUCAAUGCAGAAUCAUAUUAGUACACUCAUCCUAACUUACUCAUCUCCCCUCUCCAGUGCUGGCUGGUGCUCUCCUGGAGGAGGCAGAGCAGCUGCUGGACAGGGGCAUCCACCCCAUCCGUAUCUCUGACGGGUACGACCAGGCCGCCAAGAUCGCCAUCGCACAGUUGGACAAGAUCAGUGAGACCUACCCGUACGACCCUAGCAACACAGAGCCACUCAUCCAGACUGCCAUGACCACACUGGGAUCCAAAGUGUGAGUCUCACUGGCAGUUUGUGUUUUUUGUGGUUGUCAUGGCAACUUUCGGGAAUUUCAUUUAUGGUCCAGCUAGCGGUUGCCUUUUAUUGUUUGCAUGUCUACUUGGGUUCUUUUUAUAUAUUUUUUGUUAUUGUGCCAAGAGCACAUGGUUCCUUUACAAAGAUGAAUGAUACACAAAUUGAUUCGGCCCAUCUGGAAAGUAGGAUUCAUUUAUUAUUUGUGAACCUGGUCAUUGGUUUCAUAAGGUCUCAUACAGAUUUCUCUCCCUCAUGUUCCCUUUCUCAGGAUCAACCGCUGCCACAGACAGAUGGCGGAGAUUGCAGUGAACGCUGUCCUGACUGUGGCGGACAUGAACCGUAAGGAUGUGGACUUUGAGCUGAUCAAGAUGGAGGGCAAGGUGGGAGGCAAGCUGGAGGACACACAGCUCAUCAAGGGAGUCAUCAUAGACAAGGAGUUCAGCCACCCUCAGAUGCCCAAGGUACACAGCUCAGGAUAGUUCACUGUAAUAGUGUUGACUUUUAGGCUAUCAUGAACCUCAUCAGAAGGUAGUGGUACCUCAUCCAAGGUACAAACCCAGCCAUACAGUUGAUACGAACAAGGGUCUUGUUAGCACACCUUCUCAGUCACCUCAGAUCCAACCAAGAGGGUAAACUAGGACAGACUAGAUCAGUAACUCUUCUUCCCCUCCCUUACUCCAGUCACUCUAUCCCCAGUGGAGUGUUCUGGCAUUGACAGGGGAUACAGCACCAUGGCUCUCUCACCUCUCUCAUCUAAGACUAUCUUAAAUUAGGCUUGUGAGAGAGCUGACAAUUUCUGUAGAUUUAGAGGUAAUAUUUUUGUCCAUCCAAGUCCAAAGCACUCUCUUUUUAAUUGUAUUUAGCCAGAUAAUUUGUGCUGGAUGAUUUAUCUUCUACAAUAAUCGACGGUACUAUUUUACCCUCAGCUCCUGAAAGACACAAAGAUGGCCAUCCUGACCUGUCCGUUUGAGCCCCCUAAGCCCAAGACCAAGCACAAGCUGGACGUGACCUGUGUGGAGGAAUACAAGGCCCUGCAGAAGUAUGAGAAGGACAAGUUCCUGGAGAUGAUUAAACAGGUCAGUUACAGGACCUUUAGGACUUAAUAUUUCUCUAUAGCACAGCUGCAGACUGUUAAUUCCAGCCAUUCAGUAUGGAUAACUUAAAGAUGUGGGAUAGGAUAAAGUAAUCCCUCUACCCCCCCCCCCCCCCCCCCCCCCCAAAAAAAAAAAACAUUGUAAAGUGGUUAUCCCACUGGCUAUAAGGUGAAUGCACCUAUUUGUAAGCCGCUCUGGAUAAGAGCGUCUGCUAAAUGACGUAAAUGUAAAUGAUGUGUAUAUGAAGUUCCCCUUAUCUCCUUUAAUCUAAUUGAAUAUGAUCUAAACUAACAAUACUGUUUUUCGAAACCAGAUAGUGGAGUUAACUGAAUGUAAUUUGAUGAAAUAAAAUGAAUAAGUGAAAAAUAAUGUCAAAUUAUAACUGCUUUUUCAGAUCAAGGAUACUGGCGCUAACCUGGCCAUCUGCCAGUGGGGCUUUGAUGACGAGGCCAACCACCUGCUGCUGCAGAAUGAACUGCCUGCCAUCCGCUGGGUCGGAGGGCCUGAGAUCGAGGUAAGACGCACACCGUCACACACAUCUUGCCAUCUAGCUACUAAAGGUGAUAUGGGGGGGGUUCGCCAAUGUAUUUAUGCAUUGUGUUUUCUCCUCCCUCAGCUGAUUGCCAUAGCGACAGGAGGCCGCAUCGUGCCACGGUUCUCUGAGCUGACCGCUGAGAAGCUGGGCUCAGCCGGUGUCGUCAAGGAGAUCUGCUUUGGCACAACCAAGGACCGCAUGCUGGUCAUCGAGGAGUGCAAGAACUCCAGGGCAGUCACCAUCUUCAUCCGUGGAGGAAACAAGAUGGUGGGUGGACUGGUAGUCUGCUAAUGUUGACUGUUAAAAUAGAUUAUUCUGAGGCAACUGAUAAUCAGUUAAUGUAGACAGCUGUGAUUCCUCAUCAGUGGUAUCUCUAGGUCAGGGAUGGACAAUUCUGGUCCUGGAGGGCCACCAGUGUACAGGCUUUCAUUGCAGCCCAGCACUAACUGUUUAAUUUCCCUGUCAGAUCAUUGAGGAGGCUAAGCGUGCGCUGCAUGAUGCACUGUGUGUCAUCCGUAACCUGGUCAGAGACAACCGCAUCGUGUACGGGGGCGGAGCCUCUGAGAUCGCCUGUGCCCUCGCUGUCAACCAGGCCGCUGACAAGGUAGUGUACAUGCACACAGUAUCAGGUGAAAGAUCUAAAACCUUGUAUUUGACUGGCAUCAAGAGUGUACCUCGGAGUAACAGUAAUAGCCUGAUGGUGGUGGUGGUGAUGACUCUGAAACAAAGCAAUGUGCUCAUACGUCUCCAUCUCUCUCUCUGCAGUGCCCGUCCCUGGAGCAGUAUGCCAUGCGUGCAUUUGCUGAUGCCCUGGAGGUGAUCCCCAUGGCCCUGGCAGAGAACAGCGGGCUUAACUCCAUCCAGACCAUGACAGAGGUCCGCGCCAGGCAGGUCACCGAGAACAACCCCGCCCUGGGCAUCGACUGUCUGCACCUCAACACCAACGGUAAGGACAGACUCACAAGUUGGUAAAUGUAAAUUUUGGUGUAUCCAAUAUUCACAAUGUUAAAUGUUUUCAUUCACCUGCCUAGGGGCUACAGCUAAACACUUAAUAUGAAGCAUUACUCUUUAAUAUAGCUGUAGUUGUUAUUGAUGUGGAUCAUUUUCUCUGUCCUAGACAUGAAGCAGCAGCAUGUAAUUGAGACACUGCAUGGGAAGAAGCAGCAGAUCUCUCUGGCCACCCAGGUGGUCAAGAUGAUCCUGAAGAUCGACGACAUCAGAAGCCCGGGAGAGUCUGAGGACUAAGGACCCCACCCAGACACCUACCCCCACUGAGCGCGUGCCAGGCUCGGCCCAGUCUUCUAGAACUCAGCAGUGUUCUAAUCUAGAAUAUUCCGGAACGGAGGCGUUCUAUAAUUACUGCUUUAGAAUGUUCUAGAACUCUACUCUGCGAAGUUCUAGAUUUCGUCCGUGUUCUAGAAUGUUAAGUGUCAUAGGCCUUUAGGGACUUGUCCAGCACAGUCUCCAACCCUGCGUACCAUUAUUUAUCAUUUGAUACUGAAACUGCCC